AUGGUGCCCAACCCGCUGGGGAUGCAGGGGCUGAUGGGGCGACCGACGACCGGGCCCGAGAGCAAGCCGCCGAUGACGUCCAAGCAGGCGCAGAAACUCUACCGCGAAGCGACGCGCGGGCCGCGGCUGUCGCGGGCCGAGCAGCGCCGCGUCGAGCGCGAGGAGCAGGACCGCAUCCGCCGCGAGCUGGACCGCGACCGCCAGACCACCCGCGCCCGCGCCCUGCGCGACAGGAAGAAGGAAAAAGAGCAGCGCGUGCUGGAGGACAAGAGGAGGAAGGGCUUGCCGCUGGUCGAGCCUCGCGCGAGUCAGGAUACAAUUUCGAGGGUGGGGUUGGUGGCGGUGCGGGAGGAGGAAGAGGUGGAUGAGAAUAUACCGCCUGGGCAAGCAGCAGGGACAACUGGUGAGGUCAAGAGGCGGCGGUUGGGGGAUGGGGCGGAGGAGGCUAAAAAGAACACGGCAGUGAAGGUAGAGGUUAAGGAAGUGAGGACACCCGCCAAAGGAGUCGAGGAUCUGGGGGCGAAGGGUGCUCUUGAAGAUGGACAAGCAUCGACAUCUGGUGGCUCUGCAUCUCUGGGGGAGCGAGUCGGCAAGGGAGUCACCGGGGGUGACAACGGAAAAGACCCGGCACCUAAGAAGAAGCUCCUGGAGACACCGAAAUUGGAAGAGAUGAAAGGGCCCACAGAGGAAAACGCGCAUGGGAGGAAAACAAGUGCGGAUGGCUCAAAGCUCAGUUCAGGGCCCAGCCAACCUGGCCCCCCAAAGGCUACUGAUGAGUCCCUCGCUGCAAAGACAUGCACGAAACCCCCGACUGCUCGGCCCUCCCGGCUGGGAACGCCGAACCAGAGCGCGCCAUGCCCUGAAAAGGCCAAGAUAAAAACGACGCCUGACCCGCCGCCAAACACAACGCCAAUCAACAAGCCAGGUCAAACGCAAAACCUCCAACCUCAUGCAGCCCGCCCGCCACAACAACAGCGUCCUCCGAAACCUGCACCGGCUCAGCCUCCAUCGGCUCGAAAAGAAGCAAGAGAGCUACAAGGAGACCCGCCUGCCGCUGUCCAGCCAGCGAAGCCUACCCCCAGACAGCAACCUUGCAUGGCCGAUUUUAAGAGUGACCGCCCACGGCAGAUAACGCGGCAGGUUGCUCGUGUACGCACACCGAUGGCACCGCCUCCGCGUCCUACGAAGGCGGAACCGGCCAAGGCCAUGAACCCGAGCGAGGCUCUCGCACUUCCAUUCAUCUCUACUCAAGAUCUGCUCUUUUCCUCCCAGGACCUCCGAGAUGUCGAGGAACCCACGACAACUCCCGGCAAGGCCGGAGAUCCCAGGAGCAGCAACAAACUACCCCCAUUCCGGCGCCCACCUGUGGCUGGACAGGGCUCCUCGCGGUUGUCAAAUUACGCUCCACUAACACCGGCUCAGCCGCACACGACACCCCGACCCCGCCCGAAGCCUCCCACCCCCGGGCUGAAACAACCCCCACCCCCCGUUAAUGGGGACAAGCUACGGCAACCUGGAUUCACGGCAGAGCAGCAGGUCUGGAACAUCCCACUGUCCGGCCAGCCUAGAAGCAAAGGACACACCACCCACAGAUGCCCAACCACGCCGUCUCCAUGCGAGAGAAGCCCAGGUUCUUCGGUUCCAGUGCAGAGGUUUGAGGUGAUGGUAGCGCUCAACAGGAGCAAAAAGACUCACCAAGAAGAAGGAGAGAAGGCGCCAGAGCGGGCGCGAACCACCUGCCGGCACCCGGCCAGGAAUGGGCCCUGGUUGAACCCACAAUCACGGUUUCUUCAUGGAGACCGACUACGUGCGGACCCAGAGCUUGACCUUGAUAGACUUUUUGACGACCUCGUUACGGCCACGAGCUAA